AUGAAAUCUCGGUACAUUCUAUUAACUUUAUCUAUAGUCAUUGCCAUUAUAGCCAUUUUAGCAUCCCAAACUCUCUUUAGCACACCUCCUAGAGUCUUUAUACACAAUCCCUUCGAUAUUUUAUAUGGUAUUAAAGCAAUAUCAUAUUCAGCUAUAACAUCCGUUUGCAGCCACCACCAUCAUCAUCACUACAGGCCUAAUCAUCACCACCGCCGCAAACCAUCUCAUAGUAAAAAGAAAAUUUCAAUAUGCGACGAUUUUCCCAAAAAUUUACCUCCACCGGACACCGACACAACAUCCUAUCUCUGUGUGGAUAAGAACGGUUGCUGCAAUUUCACAACGGUGCAAUCAGCCGUGGACGCAGUCGGAAACUUUAGUCAGAGAAGGAACGUCAUUUGGAUAAAUUCCGGCAUGUACUAUGAAAAAGUGGUGAUCCCGAAGACUAAACCAAACAUAACGUUGCAAAGACAAGGGUUCGAAACCACAGCCAUAGCGUGGAACGAUACGGCCUACUCGGCUAAUGGCACUUUUUAUCGUGCCUCGGUCCAAGUCUUUGGUUCUCAGUUCCUCGCAAAAAACAUUAGUUUCAUGAACGUGGCACCAAUACCAAAGCCGGGAGAUGUAGGCGCUCAGGCGGUGGCGAUAAGAAUACCGGGAGAUGAGGCGGCGUUUGUAGGAUGUGGUUUCUUCGGAGCCCAAGACACUCUUCAUGACGAUAGAGGUCGUCAUUACUUCAAAGAUUGCUACAUUCAAGGCUCCAUUGAUUUCAUCUUCGGCAACGCUAAAUCUCUCUACCAGGACUGUCAGAUAAUAUCAAUGGCGAACCAAGUGAGUGCAGGGUCAAAGUCUAUCAACGGAGCAGUGACUGCAAAGGGCCGUAACUCGAAGGACGAGAACAGUGGCUUCUCCUUCGUCAACUGCUCAAUAGGCGGCACCGGUCACGUGUGGCUCGGUCGUGCAUGGAGGCCCUACUCACGUGUCAUCUUUGUUUCCACUUUCAUGACCGAUGUUAUCGCGCCUGAAGGCUGGAACAACUUCAAUGAUCCAUCUAGAGAUGCGACAAUAUUUUAUGGAGAGUAUAAUUGUUCGGGUCCAGGGGCUAAUAUCUCGAAGAGGGCACAGUAUGUUCAGAAGCUUAACGAGACUCAAGUUGCUCAAUUCAUUAACAUGACUUUUAUUGAUGGAGACCAGUGGUUACAGUAUUUCGAUAUUUAA